GCAAAGAUGGCGAUGACUUCGUCCAACAACGGCAGCGGUGGUAUUGGUGGUGGGGGGUGUUACUUUGUGAUUGUGUCUGCCAAUGACAAGCCCUUGUACGAGCAAAGCUUUGGCAAUGCAGCUCCCGCACAAGACGACAAGAGGGAUGAGAGCAAGCACCUUCACCAGUUCAUAGCGCACUCGGCCUUGGAUGCUGUGGAUCAACAGUUGUGGAAAUCAAAGGACAUGUACCUGAAGGUGGUGGAUAGGUUCAACGAAUGGAUGGUCUCUGCUUACGUUACCCCAAGCAAGACACGCUUCCUCCUGGUGCACGACAUGAAAGCAGAUGAUGUCAUCAAGGGCUUUUUCCAGGACGUUCACGAGCUCUACACAAAGGCGUUGGCAAACCCGUUGCUGAGGGCAGACGCGCGCAUCACAUCCCCGCGGUUCCACUCACGCAUGGACGUGCUGUUGCGUCGUUUCCACACCUAACAACAACUACACCACCAAAGCAAUAAACGAAUGAAUCAGAA